ACCUGACCGGUGGGCACCCAGAAGUGAUUGAUUUACGAGGAAAAACCAGAGGUACACCUCAGCUGUUUGGUCAGUUGGAUUUAUAUAAUCGACAGAAAGCUGUCAUGGGAGCUGGCAUUUACGUGAGUUAUCUUAUUCAAAUUUUUAAAUUAAAAAUACGAUUUUAUAUUUUAAAAGUGAGAGUUGUGGUGUUGGGUCCGGGGUGGGGGUUCAUGAUAUUCAGAAGUGUAGGUAUGAAUUCUUGCUCAUAUCGGUCUUUAGUUUUGCACGAAAUGUACGUUUGUCUUGACUUGGUUGUGUUCAUACAAAUCUUUUAUUUUUAGAAGUUACUAAAUUUCAAGGUUUUUUAAAAUAAUUUUUUUUGAAACUUUUUACUUAUUUUGUAAGAAUUAGCAUUUCAAUUUUUUAAAAUUAACAAAUCUUUAAUCCUCAUGUCAACAGAUGACAAAGAAGAUUAACUGUGUCAAAUUAUAUUAUUAAUAUUAAAAUUUAUGCGCCUCGCCUUUUAAUCCAUACCUUUACUUAUGUUGCUUCGGACAAAAAUUCCGCCCUGACAUAUAUAUAUAUAUAUAUAUAUAUAUAUAAAGUACCACCCAAUUUCAUACGCUAGUGGAUAUAAGCCAUUACAACUAUAUGUAUUUAUUUGAUUUUGGGGUUCAAUGAUUUUGGCGCACGAGGGUGCCAUCCUUUCGCACGGCGCUGUAAAUGAUGAUCGAACACGUCACGCAUGUAUUAAAAUAACUAAUGUCGGUAUUAUUUAACAAUCGCCUGUCUUGUUAGCUAUCACCCACUGCUUUGUUAUGUCCAUUCACAAGAGUAUAAAUCACACUCUAAUUACUUUUUUUGCUUUCGAAUAAAUCACACAUAAGACCUUGGGAUAUUUAUCCGAUAUUAUCAUCAUUCAGACGCUGUGGUCAAUUGGGAUUGUGCUCUUCGGCCCCCAGCCAUGUCGAAGAAUUUACCCUCUCUCUGCAGCUGUUCUUUGUUUGUAAAAAUGGUGCUGGUGUGGUCUUGUGGUUGUGGUAGGGGGUUUAGACCUAAGUCCUGAGGUGCAUGGAAAUGGAAGAGAAAAUGUGUUACUGUCUCUUUCGGACGUUUGCGAACAUAAAGUGGACAUAAAGCAGAUAUAAAGUGGACAUAAAGCAGACAGUAAACAGAGUGACGUAACAAGAACGCGUCAACAUCCAGUUUUUUGUUGUUGUUUGUUUGAUCUAAUUAGUAAUACAGGAAUUGAAGUUAAACAAUUUUAUUAAAUUUUUAUUGCUGAAAAACUGGAGGCAAUAGUCAGUAAUAAGUGUACUUAUACAGGAAGAACAACCCAGGACAAGUCAGCUCCUAGAUGGUCUCGAAAGUGGACAUGCUUACAGCAUAACUGGUUUCUAUCAGGUCUGUAGGGCUGUACUUUCUGCAUUAGAGAUAGUUAAAUCUUACCAAUUAAAUACUUCCACUAAUUGUUGUUAAUGGUUCACACAACCAAAGAUCCUUCGAUUUGAUUUGGGGUAUCUGAUAAACACUUCCUCGCCUUCAGGUCGCAUUAAGGGGGAGCAACUUCAACUUGAUCCGUCUGAGAAAUCCCUGGGGACGUGGCGAGUGGAAAGGGGCCUGGUCAGACGAGUAAGUCGAGGAUAACUAUAAUAACUAUAAUAGAUUAACAUGAAAAUUGUGUGUGUACCAUUAGCUUUACUUCUCAAAUGCUACGCACUUGCCUGAACCUUAUGUAUAAAAAAUCAUGCCCCAACAGUUUUAAAAUUUUAAAGAAAACUCAUUGCUGGAAGCUAUAUUUAGAAUAUCGUAAUGCGCAAAAUAUAACUCAAUAUAAGAACAAUGUAAUACAAGAGUAAGCUGACUAUUAUUAUUUAAGGUACAAUUAUUUGGACAAGCGAACUAAGUUAGAGCUGAUGAUUGUACAUAUUUAAACUAUGAGCACAUACAUACACAUAAAGGUAGCCGUGUUUCAACAGAUCAAAGGAGAUGAAUGCCCUGCCUAUGGGUGAUAAAGAAAGUCUGCUUUUUCAAAUUCAAGAUGAUGGUGAAUUCUGGUAAAUUGUGUUUUGCUAACAUAUUUCAUUAUAUUAUAUUCAUACCAAACACAUUUCAUAAAAAGGGCAUAUUAUUAUGGAAGUGGAGAAGCUACGAUGCCUGGGAGAGGUUUUUAUUCGGUGAAUUAGCUAUCUUCUUAAUCAGCCGAUUACUCCUCCUCCCCCAUAUGGACGAUACAGCUGGGUACCAUGGGCGCAUCGUGAGUUUUCGGUGGUGUCAAUGAGUACAACGUCAAACCGCCUACUUGACUCAAAGUCUGUCUGGGUUUACUUCCUCAGCUUUUAAAUAGUUUGUUUGUAGCCGAAAGCUAGAGUGGGUUCAUGGGCGGAGCUUUUUCCUUAGAAGGACCAUGAUCCAAAAUAAGGCAGCUGUCCAAAAAUUAUUUACUACACUUACUUUUCUAAUGCAAAAUAUUGAAAGUAUUUUUAUUCUCUUAACAGAUCACCUUCUAUGUAUUUAUCAUAUAAAUAAAUUGAAAUCCUGGAUUUACUUUGUUUUGUAGGAUGGACUUCGAUGAUUUCAUUACCAUGUUCGAUGAGAUCAGUAUCUGCAAGCUUUGAAUACAACGUACAACGGGUACAUUAAAGGAAUCUGUCUUGUAAUUAAUUUGUUAAAAUAUUAAAUCAUUAAUUGUUUUACUUAAAAUUUAAAAAAAAAACAACAGCAAGAUCACAUUUAAUCUCAAUUAGUUUGUAACUAUAUGAAAAGUUCAUCAAGCAAUCUUAGCGCCGUCAAUUUACUGGCUGAGUAUCAAAUGCUAAAAUGUUAAGAAACUUCUCUGAGGUGUCAAUAUCUUUAAAUAAACGUAUUUGGUAAAUACAGUGAAUGGCAGGCAAGUCAAACGUUAACAUUUAACUUCCUGUAUAAUUCCCCUGCAACCACACACGCACACAGAAGUCUGUAGAGAUUGUAAAGUAUUCCAUUUUGAAAGUUUUACAUUUUUCUGUUCACAUGAUCAGCCAUCUUGAUAUAGAUAUGUUUAUAUUAUCAUCAAAGCCAGCGUCUGAAUAACAUAGGUGAUACAUUUUAGACUAUUUCAGGUGAACAAAAAAACAAUUUAUGGAAACAAAAACCAUCGAUGUGCUUUUAAUGACUUGUUUUAUGCGUUUGACAAAGAAAUGAGAAGAUGUUCUCACCAUUUUAACACGUUACACCUGUCUCUAUACUUGUCUAUAUAUAGUCAUGUAUCUAUGUUGCACUCUUGGCGUUAUUUCUACACUUUACAUUUUAAACUCUAAUCUAACAUAUUACAUUUUAACCUAUAAUCAAGGCAUUACAUUCAAUACGUUAUAUUAAUUUCUAGACUUUGAAUUUAGGACAUUACUUUCUAAACUGACCAAGAACACGUCCCACUCUAAUUCUUCAGUUCACACGUUACACUACAAUUCUCCACAAUUUAAAUCAAAUUUGACACACAGACACACACACAGACACACACACAGACACACACACAGACACACACAGAGAGACACACAAACAAACCCACACCAAUAAAAAAAUGUUUUUAAAAUCAAAUGUUCAUAUCUUGACAUCAAUAAUUAAAGAUCUGAAAUUUUUGUCUCAUUGCAGGUUAUUUGAUUAAAAGAUUUUUAAGAAUACAAAGAAAAGAUAGCAUUGAAAUGUCUGAAUUUGUUUGUCAAAUCUUAUUACGUUGUGACUAAUACUUCAACUAUUCACUCAUAUCUUUAUAUUUAUACAUUAUUAUGUUUUCAUAUUUUUUUUACGUUACCC